AUGUCCAGCAACGCUGUAUUGGAGUUGGUUUCUGACCAAAAUAGCCCUGAAAAUAAUAGACGUACUGCCGCAGAGCUCCAAUUCAAUAAGCUUGCUGCCGAAAACCCAACCCAGGUGGCUUUUGAGCUUAUCCAGGGAGCGUGUGGUGAAAACCAGAGGAUUGACAUCAGACAAGCGUGUCUUUUGCAUUUGAAACGUCUUGUUCCGAAAUUCUGGUCUUUGGGGUUUCAGCUGUUUGUGGGUCCACCAAUUGACCAGGAACUCAAGACGAAUAUUCGUUCUUCGUUGAUCCACUUGGUGUCUAGUGAAAGUAACUCCAAGAUCAGAUCGGGUGCUGCUUAUGUGAUUGUUCAAAUUGCAGCGGCAGAUUACCCUGACGAAUGGCCAGAUUUGCUUGUACGUUUGUACGAUUUGGCUCGUGAUUUGAAUAACCACGUUGCCGUGGUGGGUAGUUUGUCUGUGUUGACUGACUUGUUUGAUGAUCUUAUUACAGAGGAGCAGUUCUGGGAGGGCGGCGUUGGAGCCCAGCUUCUUUCGUACAUUACCAACUUGUUGAGCCAGGAAUCUUUGCCAGCCACCAUUAAAACUAGUGCUCUUAAGUUGUACCUUACCGUGUAUAACACAUUGCUGAGUGCUGAAGCUGUGGAGUCUCCUGAAAGAAAGGCUGCAGUCACUGACCACAUUGCUCAAAUGUUCAUGAUUUUGGGCCAGCUACUACAGCAACUGAAUGCCGCCACUGCUAAUUCCGUGGACCUUUCUGAGAUUUACCUCAGAACUAACCUUUACAAGGUCAUUGCCCAUAUUUUGAGCACUUAUAGAAAACGCAUUGGUAAAGAUUUGGUCAAGGAUGUGCUCCUGCUUAUUCUUCAGGACCUUACUUAUUCUUCCAACGCCUUUAAGGUUUUUGCUGUGGAUGGUGAAGAUGGUCCUGUCACUGGAAAGUCUGACGAUUUGGAUGAUCCUGCUCGUGUUUUGACCAACAAUAUAGCAGAGCUUUUGUCCACUUUAUCACUUAUACAAGACUCGAUCCCUCUUAUUCUGAACUACCCUGCCGAAGUAUUUGAUGAACUUACUCGCAACAUUGUUCAAUGUUCUGUCUUGCCGCUUGAUGUUGCAGAAGACUACAUGGCAGACUUCAACCAGUACGUGACAGAAAUUACCGGGCUUUCGGGUAUCACCACGGCAAGAGAUGCUGUUAGAGAUUACAUUAUGGAUUUGGGCGACAAGGAUGCGUCUCACUUAUUUGAAGUAAUCAAGAACGAAGCAGUUAACCUGUCUCUUGAAUGGAGAGUUCACGAGGCGUACUUACUUAUUGCAGAAUCACUUUUCCUGAACGAACAAGCUGAUUCGCUUGGUGCUGAUCUUCCAUUAUCACAAUAUGUGUCAACCAUUGACGGCCUCAUUAAUACCAACGCCCAUCCAUUGGUGCUUUCGAGAAUCUUCAUUCUUCUUCCGAAGUUCAUAGAGAAGUUCUCCAGCAAGCUCUCAGUUAACGACUUUGGCUCGGUCCAAUUCAAGAAGACUUAUGCAUUUGCCUCGUCUUCAAACGACGAUCUGUUCAAGAUCGUUCAAGCCAGUACUCUUGUUGCUGCCACUUUCUGGAAACAAGUUCCAGGUUUGGACUUGACCAUUAUGGGCCUUGAUCUGCAGAGACAAAUUGUGGAAGUUUCAUACGGCUUGCUCGAAGACAGCGAGGAGGAUACGCCUCCAGUUAUCAUGGAAGCACUCGCUGUAGCUAUUGAUGUUGAUCAGCGCAACGCAUUCAAUCUUAUGAUCGAUGGAGAUCACUCUGUUAUCGACAUCAUUAUUAAAUCUGCUUUCAAGGAUCCAGCCAAUAUCCAACUUUCUAUUGAUUCUGCUGAGUGUCUUGAAACCUUAUUGAAUUCAGUCUCCAUGCAAGAGUACCUUCAGGUAUGUGAUAGACUGCUUCCUUUCGUCAUCAAAAUUGUUGCUGAAGCAGCUUCAUCUAAGUCAGUCGAGUACUCUCCACAGCUCAACUUGGCGCUUGACCUUUUGGGUAACAUUCUUCUGGCAGCUCCAUCCGAGCCUGAUGCUCAGACUAACAGCUUUCCUAAGGAGGUCUUUGACUUCGCUUUCCCUGUGUUAAGACAACUCAUUCUCAGAGCGAGCGACGAUCAAAUUCUUCAAAGUGGUGCUGAGGUCUUCAACAGUCUUUUGCAGAAGGCUCCUAACUACUUUGUUGAGUAUUCAGACCCUUCAACCAACGAAUCAGGUAUGAAUAUCAUUGUGGCUGUUGCUGGUAAGUUCUUAUCUCCUGAACUUUCCGAUAGCGCUGCCAUGAACUGUGGCCUUAUUGUUGCAUCUUUGUUUGAGAACUUCCAAUCAUACCUUGACAAUGACUUCUUCUACCAGUUACUUAGUGCCACUGUUAGAAGAUUAGUCAUCGCAAAGGCUGUUGUCACAAUUGAGAACCUUAUCAUGGUGUUCUGCAAGCUCGUUCUCAAUGCUUCCCCAGAAAACUUAAUUAACGCUUUGACUGCGGUGGAGGUUGUCAUGCCAGAUAGCCAACAACAACGCAAUGGAUUGGAGGCUGUUUUGCCCAUCUGGUUUAAUGCUUUUGAAGUGACGCGAGGCUAUCAGAAGAUUCAACAGAAUGUUCUUGCCUUGGGUAAGCUUUAUUCUAUCAAUGACUCCAGAGUUUCUUCUAUGAUUGUUGAUGGAGACAUCAUUCCCUACGAAGGUGAUAUCAUCAUCACCAGAUCGAAGGCUAAGUCGAUGCCUCAGAAGUUCACACAAAUCUCUGCUCCAGUCAAGAUCUUGAAAUUACUUGCAAAUGAGCUAGGCUUCCAAUGCCAGCAGCCAAAUGCCGACGACUACAAUCUUGAUAAGCAAGAUGAAGAUGAAGAAGAAGGUGACGGUGGAGACUGGGAGGAUCUCGACGAUAUUGGAGUUCCUACGUAUGAAAAAUUGAAGUCAUACGUGGAUUCUGAUAGCGAGGAAGAUGGUGAUGCGGCUCCUGUGGGAGAUCAAACUGUUAAGGACAUGUUACUUCAGUUCUUCAAAGAAUGUGUUUCAAAGAACUUAGGUAACUUCCAGCAGUACUACGAAGCACUUGACGAUGACGAGAAGAAGAUUCUCACGGAGAACAUUGUGUUCUAA